CUCAAGCCGCAAAAUCCGAAAACUCAGCACCCAACCUAAGCCAAUUUGUUUUCUAUCUUCUUCAACUCCAAAAACACAAAUUCUGAGCAUUACCACAAAGACCAUGGAGAUCUCUUCUUCUUUGACUCUUCCUCUCUCUUCUUCAGCAAGACCUUUACCGAUGCUUUCUCCUUCCUUCUCUUCUUCUCACUCCACUUUCUUCACCACCGGGUCUCUCUUCAGCAGAACUAACUUCAAAACUAGUUACUUGGUUCUGAGUCACCGCAGAACGAAAGCUCAGAACCCCAAGAAGGGCCUUUCUUGCAAUGCUUUGUUUGGUCUUGGUGUACCUGAACUUGUUGUUAUUGCUGGCGUCGCUGCUUUAGUUUUUGGUCCCAAGAAGUUGCCUGAAGUGGGCAAGAGUAUCGGCAAGACCGUCAAGAGCUUUCAACAGGCUGCAAAGGAGUUUGAGUCGGAGCUUAAAAAGGAUCCUGAUUCUGAAACAAACCUGCCUGUGGAGGAUCCUACGGCAGUCAAUGUAGAGGAGAAACAAGGUGACAAGGUCCCAGGCUCAAAGGAAAGUGUAUGAGAGUAAUCUUGUUUAGUGGGUAAACUGUGUAAACCUUCCACUGUUGUACGGAUGAGUUUAGAACGAGCAAGUUCAUUUUGCAUAUAUAGUUGAAAUUUUCGUUUUUGGGAGGCCUUGUUCAAGAAAUUGGAAGCCUAAUUGAGCAUUAAAUUUAGUUGAAAUUUGCUUCUCUUGA